ACUUAUUAGCGACGAUUAGACGCUUCCUAAAUUCUAAGAGUCUGCGAUAAGCAGCGUUUUAACAUCUCACCGUGGGGCGUGGGUUCUCUCUCUUCACAAGCCAGGCUCGCGCCGGACGAUCCUUUUUGACUCUCAACCUCCAAUUUCACUUCAUCAGCGAAGGUGCAAGUAUUGAGAAAUUGUGCGAGCCAUCUCCAUUUCCUUAUGUUUGUACUAGUUAUUCGGUUUAUUUUCGGAACUCAGAAGCCCUAGUUCACUGGCUACUACUUGGAGCGAAAGAAUUUGAAAUCUUCGGCUCAGAACUAAUGAUCGGAACUCUGUCGAAACCGUGGAUGGAAAAGCUCAUAUCCGGAUAGAAAUGGAUGCUCUGGCCGAGGGACUAUGGGGUCUUGCCGAUUAUCACGAGAAAAGAGGAGAGAUUGGGAAGGCAGUGAAGUGCCUUGAAGCCAUCAGUCAGAGCCAAGUGUCGUUCCUGCCUAUUGUUGAAAUCAAGACGCGCCUCCGCAUAGCGACGCUUCUCCUUAAGCACACCAACAAUAUCAACCAUGCUAAAUCGCAUCUGGAACGUUCGCAAUUGCUUUUGAAGUCAAUUCCUUCAUGCUUUGAACUGAAGUGUAGAGCAUAUAGCUUGUUGAGCCAGUGCUAUCAUCUUGUGGGUGCCAUUCCUCCACAAAAACAGAUCUUAAACAAGGGUCUAGAGCUGACAGCAUCAUCAGGAGAUGGGUUUGCAGUGAAAUUAUGGUCCUGUAAUUUCAAUUCACAGCUUGCAAAUGCUUUAAUAAUUGAAGGUGAUUAUUGGAAUUCGAUAUCUGCUUUGGAGCGUGGAUUUGAGUGUGCCACAGAAAUAUGCUAUCCAGAGCUUCAGAUGUUUUUUGCAACUUCUAUUUUGCAUGUGCAUUUCAUGCAAUGGGAUGAUGUAAAUUCAGUGGAAAGAGCUGUUGAAAAGUGUGAUGAGGUCUGGGAGUAUAUCCAUCCAGAUAAAAGACAGCAGUGCCUGGGGUUGUUCUUUUACAAUGAGCUUCUGCAUACUUUCUAUCUACUCAGGAUAUGCGACUACAAAAAUGCAUCGCAACACGUUGACAAAUUGGAUGCUGCUAUGAAGGUUGAAUUGCAGCAGGUGCAACGUGUCGAGGAAUUGACUGCAGAACUUAAUGCCAUAAAUCUUAGUCUGUCCCGCUCUGGCCUACAUCACAAGGAAAGAUCAGCAUUAUGCCAAAAACAAGUUCAACUUCAAGAGCAGCUGAGUCAUGUUACUAGAUUCAGUUCAACUGGAAAAGUUUCUUUGGAACCAUCAUAUUUUGGAAAUGCGAGAAGGGCAUGGGAAGAUAAGCUAGCAUUGGCGCCACCUCCAAUAGACGGUGAAUGGCUACCUAAAGGUGCUGUCUAUGCUCUAGUUGAUCUGAUGGCUGUCAUGAUUGGGCGUCCUAAAGGGUCAUUUAAGGAGUGUGGAAGGCGGAUACAAUCUGGACUACAGUCCAUUCAUGAGGAGCUGUUGCAGCUUGGAAUCACUGAUGGUGCGACUGAGGUAGAUUUGCAUCACUCAGCUAUCUGGAUGGCUGGGGUGUAUUUGAUGAUUCUGAUGCAAUUCCUCGAAAACAAAGUUGCUAUGGCUCUGACACGGUCAGAAUUUGUUGAAGCUCAAGAGGCGUUGGUGCAGAUGAAAAAUUGGCUCAUUAGCUUUCCAACAAUAUUACAGGGAUGUGAGAGCAUUUUUGAGAUGCUUAGAGGACAGUAUGCUCAUUCCCUGGGUAUUUUUAGUGAAGCAGCUUUUCAUUUUAUUGAAGCAGCAAAGCUAACGGAGAGUAAAUCAAUGCAAGCUAUGUGCCAAGUUUAUGCAGCUGUCUCUUAUAUCUGCAUUGGUGAUGCUGAAUCCUCUUCACAGGCGCUGGAUUUAAUUGGACCAGUUUACAGAAUAAUGGAUUCUUUUGUAGGAGUACGAGAGAAAACUGCUGUUCUUUUUGCUUAUGGCCUUCUACUGAUGAAGCAACAUAACCUACAAGAGGCACGAUCCGAGGCCUAUAGGCGUGCCUUUACCCUUUUACAAGCGUCUUCCGAAGAAAACACAGAUUGUCCUUGUUGUUCCUUUGCCUCCUCCAUCCGAUUCUUUGCUUGGAGACUCUUCAUCUGUCAUUUAUCUCCUUGUUGCACUUUGGAAAGGAUUCGGCUGGCCAGUGGCCUGAGGAUCACACAUCAACAUUUGGGGAAUAUUCAACUUGUUUCACAGUAUUUGACAAUCCUUGGGAGUUUGGCACUUGCCCUGCAUGACACUGGACAAGCCAGAGAAAUUCUGAAGUCCUCUUUGACAUUGGCAAAGUCACUUUAUGAUAUUCCUACUCAGAUUUGGGUGCUUUCGGUUUUGACAGCCUUGUAUCAAGAACUUGGUGAGAGGGGAAAUGAAAUGGCAAACUCUGAAUAUGAGAGGAAAAAAGCGGAUGAUCUACAGAAGAGGCUAGCUGAUGCUCAGUCAUCCAUACAUCACAUUGAAUUGAUUGACAAAGUAAGGCUUAAUAUUCGGCAAAAUCAUGAGCUUGACAUUAAACGUGCAAUUAAUGCAGGCUCAUCAAUGAGAUUCAAUCUUGACAUCCCAGAAUCUGUGGGUCUAUCAGCUCCGUCACCUGCUCCUUCAUCAUCAAAGCUUAUGGACGUGGAUAUAAGAAGGCGUAGUAAGAGGAGAAUCUAGUUCUAAUAUAUGUAUAGUUUAUAAAAAAAAAAGAAGAAAGUAAGAGUUGGUGAUAUAACUGCUGGUGCUAGUACUGGCGUAAAUUCUUGGAGGGAAAUGGUGUGUUAUGCCUGCUAUAACAUGAUGUAUUUUAUAUUGUAUAGGAAUGUAAGUUAAUUAUGUUAAACUCUGAUUGCCAAUGGCCAUCUCUCGUUUCAAGUUUUACAGUGUUGUAGAUGAGAUUCUUUGGAACCUCCUGAAUUUUGAUCCUUCUCCAUGUAAGAUAAAUUUUUUGAAGAUUGUUAAUGAGGAAUUGGGGAGAAAUGUAAUAACUGUCAUCCCCGUGAA